CGACGUAUACACACAAAAAUUGAUAUUUAAGAAGUAUUUUCUCAACUUGUCGUUAUUAUUUUUGUGAUUUUCUUUAAUUGUGCUUACGAAAAACUUCAUUAUGGAAAAGAAUAUUGAAAAAACUUUAGACGAAGUAAAAAACAAUGAAACUACAAUUGGUUGUAUUUUGGUUGAUCGUGCGGGAUUGUGUUUAGGAGUCAAAGGUAAUGCCUCAAGUGAUAGCGCUGGUAUUAUAGCAGCCAUUGCGGAUCAAGCUGCUAAAUUAGAAUUUUCUUCAACUUUUCCAAUCGUCACUAUUCAAAAUGAUAACAGGAAAUGUCUUAUUCAACGACAAGGUCCAGUAGUUGGUGCAAUUUAUAAACAUGUCGCAAGUUAAUAUUAUUCUCUUUGGCCUUGUUUUUAAUUAAGAUAUCUUAAAAAGUA